AUGGCCUUUGCUCCGCUUCCACCGUCAACGAAGUCAUUCCUCUUUCUCCUCUUCCUCAUCGUACGACUCCCAACUCUCUCCCACCAGCAGCACAUCCGCCUCAUUCAUCGUGAUUCCCCCGAGUCCCCUCUCUUCGACUCGAGUGCCACCACACCCGACAAGUACUGGCAGAGGGUCCACCGGCGCUCGGUUGCCUACCGUGACCACUUCCAAGCAGCGUUGGAGGGCCGCCUCCAGUUGCUGACAGUACCGCUAGCUGCAGAAUUUGAUGUGGACGCGGGCUUUGAUCAGGUCGGUGGGGAAUACCUGAUGGAAUUCACCAUCGGCACACCUCCGGUGAAGGUGAUGGGGAUGCUGGAUGUGCCGGGCGACUUCAUCUGGACUCAAUGCGUGCCGUGUCCCAACUGCACCCCGUCUCUAGGCCCCCUCUAUGAUCCCUCCAGGUCCUCGACACGCAGCACCUUCUCCUGCUCGUCGAUCGAAUGCCUUGGUCUCCAGGGACAUAAAUGUGUUGGCAACGACACCUGUGAGUACAUCCGUACCAACGAAUAUGGCGUGCAGACCAGCGGUGUGCUCACCUCCGAUGUAUUCACCAUCAACGGCGUCGCCUACACUAACAUGCCUUUCGAUUGCGGCAGCGACAAUUCCUUCUCGACGAAACCAGCAGUGGCAAGGGUGGGCCUCAGCGGGAGCGACAUGUUCUCGCUCGUGUUUAGAUUUAAUUCUGGACCAUUUGCCUUCUCCCACUGCUUUAGGAAGGACUGGGAGAACCCCUCCGUGAACACCUCCAGUGAUCUGCACCUGGGGAUGGAUGCGCGGCUGAAGGGUGUGUCGUCACCCCUAGCCAGGUGCCGGGUGGGCAAGACCUCGCAGUUCUUCGCGCCCACCCUACUCGGGUUGGGUGUUGGCCCGGUGGCGCUGAACCUCACCAAGGAGUUGGUGGGCGGCGACUGCUCGACUGUCUUCACCUCAUCAACGCCCCUCACCUUCUUGAAGAGGCCGCUGUUCAAUCUGGUGGCAUCCAAGGUGAGGGAACAAGCUAACCUGCCGGAGGCGCCGCACCAACCGAACGACCCCUGGGACUUGUGCUUCAAUGGGACUGAAAAUGCGUUGGAUCUCUUGCCACCGCUGGAAAUCUCAUUUGAUGGGGAGUUGGCGCUCGCCUUGUCGAAGGCUCAAAUAUACGCUGAGGUGGAUGGUGGAAGGACCUGCCUUCUUAUGGCACCGACCGACGGCGUUAACAUGUUCGGGACUUACAUGCAGAUGAACAGAAAUUUUGGAUAUGAUCUUAGCAGUCGCGACAACUAUAGGCUCUAUUUCGACCUUAAUCAGUGCGACUGA